CAUUGUAUAUAAUAACUCUCUCUCUCUCUGUCAUCUUCUCAAUCUUUCUCUACCACCAAGAUCCAAAAUCCAAAUCUAUCUUUUUUUUUUUUUUUUUUUUUUUACCUUUUAAAUCACAAAAUUUUGAAUAUAUAUUCACAACACAAUCAAAACAAAUUCACUUCAAUAAUCUAUAGAUACAGUACAUAACAGUUACUUUCAAAGACAUGGCUGAGACCAAAACCACUCCAGUGAAGAUCAAUCCAAUUUCUCAAAUUGCCCCUUCCAAGCCUAAGAUUACUGAUUCUUCUUCUUCUCUCAAUAAGAAUCUCCCCAGCUCAAAUAAGAUGAAAUCUGUCACCACUCUCACGAAAUCUGAGGUUAAAUCAAAGCCGACAACAAUGUUGUCGUCAUCAUCGAAAACAACGACGACUACGAAGACGACAAAGAGGAAAACUACUACCACCAAAGUGAGAGAGAGGAAAGUCUAUAAUUUGCCUGGCCAGAAACACGAUCCACCUGAAGAGAAAGAACCCUUGAGGAUUUUCUAUGAGUCGUUGUCGAAACAGAUACCUACAAGUGAAAUGGCGGAAUUUUGGUUAAUGGAACAUGGACUAUUGUCUCUUGAAAGAGCUAAGAAAGCAUUUGAGAAGAAGCAGAGAAAGCAAAAGGAGCUUCGAACAGGGACUCCGGCUAAGUCGUCGUCAAAGCCGCCGACAAAAACCGGAACUUCACAGAAGCCGCAACCGAGACCAAAUAAUACUGGAUCUUCACAGAAGCCGCAAUCGAGACCAAAUAAUACUGGAUCUUCACAGAAGCCGCAACAGAAAUCAAAUAACGGAGAAAUUAAAGCAAAGCGAAAAAUCGAGAGUGACAGUGAUGAUGACGACGACGACGAUUUCAUUUUGAGUCAUAAAAGAAGAAGAGUGUAAGAAGAAAAACCUCACAAAUUUUAUUUAAUAAAGGUUAUAAAAAGGAAAAGAAAAGAUUUGUUGUAAGGUAACUUGAACUGUAAGAUUAAAAUAUUCUUCAUGUGUCAAACUUUACUGAUUCAACAAGGGACUUGCACUGUGUUGUUGUAUGUGUCUUUUGCAAGCAACAUUAUUAAUGAAGAUGGAGAGUGCUUUUACUCCA